AUGGACGUAGAAGCUACCCACCCCCUAGCGGAAGAAAUCAAGAGGAACAUCAAAACAAUCAAGGCAGGAGGCAAAACGCUGGAUCUGUAUUGGGUUAAGGCCCAUGUAGGAGUACUUGGCAACGAAAGGGCGGAUGCCCUGGCCAAAGAGGCCGCUCUAAAAAUUAAAAGAAGGGCAGACUAUGACAGAUGCCCGGUUUCAUUCGUCAAAAGGCAGCUCCGAGAGGACACCGUUGACGAAUGGAACCGGAGAUAUAAAACAGAGACAACGGCCUCCAGCACAAAAUUGUUCUUCCCGGACGCGGCGGAAGCCUACAGAAUAGUUAGAAAAAUAGAAAUGAGCGCAAUAAACACGCAGUUACUUACCGGGCAUGGUGGAGUGGCGGAGUACCUGCACCGCUUCAAGUGCAGAGAAAAUCCGACGUGUCCCUGCGAUGCCCAAGGCAUGAAAGCGGAAUGCAAUUUGAAUCCGUGCGAAGUAUUGGAGAUGUUUACAGUUGGACGCCGCGGAGAACAAAGGAAUAGCGGUGUAUGCGCCGAGGAUAUACACUGGAGGCAGUUAGAUCGACGAUUGCGAGCCAUUGAACAACCUGCGUGGACCGUAAGUACGGGACAGUCUCGCUGGCGCCAGUGUGCCAAAAGUGCGUGCCGAUGUGACGCCGUGCAUCGCUCUCUCAACUGUUGGAGAGCUGGUCUCGUUACUCUCACACCUGACAUCAUUGUACCUGCUGACCUGCAUACCAUUGAUUUGGGCACUAACAAACUCCGUACUCUUCACAAAACAACGUUUAAGGAGAUGAGAUCGGUUACUGAAUUGGAUAUGUUUGACAACCAUUUGGAAUAUUUACCUGCUACUAUAUUUGAUUCGCUUAUUAAUUUGAGGAUAUUACGUUUGCAGAGGAAUUAUCUAGAAGAAAUCGACAGCGAAACAUUCCGCUGGGCAAAAAAACUUUUCCAUGUUGACUUGUCAAAUAAUUUAUUACAUACAUUACCUGAACGUCUCUUCAGUAAUAACUCUUUUCUGGAAACCUUAGAUAUAUCUAACAAUCAAAUUGUGUACAUACCAUCCGACACUUUUAUCGGUUUGGACUCCAUUCUCACAUUAGACCUAUCAAGGAAUAAAAUAUUGCGAAUUGAAAACGGUACCUUUCCUUUGAAAAAAUUACAAGUAUUAAAACUGUCAGAAAAUAAAAUAAGUAACAUCACUGAUAAUGCUUUUAAGAAUCUCCUCUCCCUAGAAACUUUGCUUCUAUUCAAAAAUAAAUUGAAGAAAAUACCGCCGAAGUUAUUUCAUAACCUUCACUGUUUGACGUUCCUGGAUUUAUCCAAUAAUAAUCUUAUUACUUUUACAGGUUUGGAAUUUCAAAAUCUUCUUUUGCUACGUCAUCUUGACUUGAAAGAGAACUUCUUGACGCAAAUUCCUAACAACACGUUCGCAAAUUGUACUAAUUUGGAAACACUAGAUAUAUCAAAGAACAAAUUGCGAUAUCUCAACGAGUCUACGUUCCGCGGAUUGGAUAAACUUGUUUCACUUGUGUUGUCUGAAAAUCAACUGUAUGAAGUUCAUUUUAUGACAUUUUCAACAUUGAAGAAUUUAACAACAUUAUAUAUAGACAAUAAUAUGUUCCCGUCGCUGCCGUCGCGUACUCUCGACUACAUGCCGAAGUUGGAAAAUGUAAAGUUAUCAAAUAACCCUUGGCAUUGCGACUGUCACGCCCUCUAUAUUUCAGCUUGGGUUCGUUUGAAUGAAAUGAAGAUUUGGGACUACUCACCGACUUGUAUAUCGCCUUGGUACCUGGAAGGUCACUUCUUAAAGAAGUUGAAGUUUCCUGAACUGUGUUCAGGGCAGUGGGCGAGCAUGGUGAACUUGUCACCGCGUCUACCGAUGCAACAGCUCUUAGCUCUUAAUGUUACCGUCAAUAGAAAACCGCAAGGCAGUAUUGAAGAUGCCCAUGAUAUACCUGAAGAUCAAUGGGAAGCAAUUUAA